AUGUUUUCGAAGUUCGCCGGAUUCUUGGUCAUCGUGUUGAUUUGUGGCCUCGAAGCGCGACCGGGUUAUGGAGCGCCGGGUGGAUUUGGGGGAGGUGAGUGUGUGUACUUUGGGAGGGGGGUGUACUUUUUGGAUGUAGUUUGGAGUUCAGCUGAUUUUUGGGCUUAGGCUCAGGACUAGGCUGAAAAUCUGAACCUACGAUCAGUAGAAGAAAUGAAUUCAAGCUUGGGUUCUGAGUUAGGAUUACAACUACACUGCUCCACAAAAAGAUAACCUCACCCCUCAUUUUUCAAAAAAAAGCGAAAAUUUGAAUUUUUUGAAAAAAGUUUGUUUUUGAAAAACAUGUCAAAUUCGGAUACUAAUUCAUCCCUGAAAACAAAUUUCAGAUUUGGUAAGCGCUGAAAAAAAAUGAGAAUUUUCAAAAAAAGCCGAUUUGCCAAUCCACAUAAUGAUAACCUCACCCCAUGUUUUUUGACGAAUUCGGACUUUUUAGUCGGAGUUAGUCACCCAAAAUGUGUUAAUCUAUGGUUGGUGAGUUUUUAAUCUUAAAAAAACCCAGUGCCACGUUUUCAACAAGUUGUGAGCAUCAGAUUUGGAGCAUUGCGAUGUAAAGAGCAUUUUUCAAACAUUUUAUACAGAUAUUGCUAUUUUUUCAUUUUUUUUUCAAUGUUUGACGUUAAAGACGAUCCAAAUGAUCUGUUUUAAGCUCAUUAUGUUAAAAAAAAUUGGAAAAAAUUGAAAAAAAAAGAAGAAAACGAUCGAGAUGCGAAUUUUGAAUUUCGCGCUGAUUGAAUAUUUGGAGCACCCACGACGUAAACUUUGGAAAAUUACUGUUUUUUUUGUUUUUCAAAUUGUUUUCUAAUGAUCAAUACUUUUCUAACAUCUCACAUCAAAUUUUCAUCCAAAAUGCCGCGAGGAAAGCCUCUCUCUGAUUUUGAAAAAGGGCAAAUCACAGCCAAAAAGAUCAACGACUUUCAAAUCGACAAAUCGCAAGAGAUUUAGGCCGUAGUCCACGAGUUAUCAAUAAUUAUGUUAACGAUCCGCUAAAUUAUGGCACCGGAAAAUGUCCUGGUCGUCUGAGCUUGCGAUUUGUCGAUUUGAAAGUCGUUGAUCUUUUUUGGCUGUGAUUUGCCCUUUUUCAAAAUCAGAGAGAGGCUUUCCUCGCGGCAUUUUGGAUGAAAAUUUGAUGUGAGAUGUUAGAAAAGUAUUGAUCAUUAGAAAACAAUUUGAAAAACAAAAAAAACAGUAAUUUUCCAAAGUUUACGUCGUGGGUGCUCCAAAUAUUCAAUCAGCGCGAAAUUCAAAAUUCGCAUCUCGAUCGUUUUCUUCUUUUUUUUUCAAUUUUUUUCCAAUUUUUUUAACAUAAUGAGCUUAAAACAGAUCAUUUGGAUCGUCUUUAACGUCAAACAUUAAAAAAAAAUGAAAAAAUAGCAAUAUCUGUAUAAAAUGUUUGAAAAAUGCUCUUUACAUCGCAAUGCUCCAAAUCUGAUGCUCACAACUUGUUGAAAACGUGGCACUGGGUUUUUAAGAUUAAAAACUCACCAACCAUAGAUUAACACAUUUUGGGUGACUAACUCCGACUAAAAAGUCCGAAUUCGUCAAAAAACAUGGGGUGAGGUUAUCAUUAUGUGGAUUGGCAAAUCGGCUUUUUUGAAAAUUCUCAAUUUUUUCAGCGCUUACCAAAUCUGAAAUUUGUUUUCAGGGAUGAAUUAGUAUCCGAAUUUGACAUGUUUUUCAAAAACAAACUUUUUUCAAAAAAUUCAAAUUUUCGCUUUUUUUGAAAAAUGAGGGGUGAGGUUAUCUUUUUGUGGAGCAGUGUAGGCCCGACAUAAUGUUAGGCCUAAGAUGCUUACACUGAACCUGGUAUAGGAUAGCCUCUGAAAAAUUAACAAAAAUACAUUUUGCUAGGCCUGAUAGCAGUGAUUCAGGCUUUUCAGGCUUGGCUCCUACUUAGCCCUUAGGAUUCAAAGUCUAGACUUAUCCAUGAGAUCUAGGCUUUACUUUCUGAAAUUCCAUUCAGAUUUUCCUGUAUAUCAGAAAUAUUUUUGAAAUUUUGAAAUCAGUUCAGUUUCAGUUUUUGGAAAAAAAAAAUGAAGUUUUCAUUUUUUUUCUAAUUUUUGAAUUUUUUCAAAAUUUCAAGUUCAACUUGAAUUUGAAAGUUUCUCCGAACUUCUCAUCUAAUUUUUGAUGACUAAAAAGUUCAUCAUCUAAAAUUUUAAGUCUUAUUCAUAGCUACAUUUUUGUUGCACUUUCUUUUUUGAGCUAUGACGUGGCAAUCUCACAAAAUUUUCAAUUCAAUAAAAUCUUUAUUCACAAAAAUACAAAUUAUUUUCUUCCCCAUCCACCACCGCCAAAUUGUCCACCAGACCCGAAAUUGUUGUUAAAUCCACUCGAACUUUGCGAUUCGGAUUCUUUGAACGAACUCGAUCGUCCCCAAUUGCUUCCCGAAUUCUGGAACCCGCCACCACCUGCACCAUAGCCUCCACCAAUUCCAGGUCCAAAGCCUGGGCCUCCGCCAACGAAUCCCGGGCCACCGACAAAUCCACCAGGAGCACCGUAACCUGGUCAAGCUUGGGCCAACUCCGAAAUUAGGGCUAGAACUAGAAGUGAUGAUAGGAGGAAUUUCAUUUUUGGAAAUCUGUACUAAAACUUGAAUUUCAGAUGCGAUUUUAUAUCGCUCUGAAAAUGGGUGUUUUUUUGUCGUCUUAUCGAUGAAAAUCCGGUUUUUUUACUACAGUGCGUUUCACAAUGAUAGGUUCACCCCCAGAAUGAUGAAAUUGACGAAAUCGUGAGUUGUAAAAGCAAGUUGAGUUAAAAAUCGAAAAGAACGUACAAAAUUAUGUAUGUAAACUCAUUUUCAUAAAAAAAUACCGAAAGCUGAGAAAAUUUUUGACCGAAGUUCAAAAAUUGCGAAAAUUUAGCGUUUCAUAAUGAUAGGUUCACCUAACUCAAACUGGUUCUAUUUUUGAAGAAACGGGGAAUUUGACUAGAAAUCACUUCGAAAUCAACAAAAGAGAGCAUUUGCGUUCACUUGCAAUUUUCACAAUCGAAUUUCAUCGAUUCUAAGGUCUGCACUGAUGUUUCCAGUAAGAGACAUCUGGAAAUUAGGCCUUUGUUCAUUUUUUUCCACAUUUCUCGAAAUUUUAUCAUCAGAUUUUUCUGAAAACAUCUUUUUUUGUCUAUUUGAACCUGAUUACACAGAAUUUCAACUUUUUUUCGAAGUUUUGACAUGAUUCUGACAUUACUGGAUUUCCGAUGUUCAUCUUGAACUUCAGAUCUAGAACAUCAGGAAUAUCAAAAUCAAAAUUUUAUUGAUGGAAUUCGUUCCCAGCAUCGUCAAAAUCAUAUGUCAUGUUCAAUCUUUUCCGAAACACUUGUUUGGAUUGCUUAGUAUCUAUUUAUUUUCCAAAUCACAAGAAUCAGCAUUUUUUAACACUGUAAAAACACAACUUUUAGUGUUCACCCGAAUCAACUCACGAUAUGAGUUAGGAGACCAUUCGAAACCAUCAAUUAUGUCUUUAUCAACUAUUUUGACGAUGCUGGGAACGAAUUCCAUCAAUAAAAUUUUGAUUUUGAUGUUCCUGAUGUUCUAGAUCUGAAGUUCAAGAUGAACAUCGGAAAUCCAGUAAUGUCAGAAUCAUGUCAAAACUUCGAAAAAAAGUUGAAAUUCUGUGUAAUCAGGUUCAAAUAGACAAAAAAAGAUGUUUUCAGAAAAAUCUGAUGAUAAAAUUUCGAGAAAUGUGGAAAAAAAUGAACAAAGGCCUAAUUUCCAGAUGUCUCUUACUGGAAACAUCAGUGCAGACCUUAGAAUCGAUGAAAUUCGAUUGUGAAAAUUGCAAGUGAACGCAAAUGCUCUCUUUUGUUGAUUUCGAAGUGAUUUCUAGUCAAAUUCCCCGUUUCUUCAAAAAUAGAACCAGUUUGAGUUAGGUGAACCUAUCAUUAUGAAACGCUAAAUUUUCGCAAUUUUUGAACUUCGGUCAAAAAUUUUCUCAGCUUUCGGUAUUUUUUUAUGAAAAUGAGUUUACAUACAUAAUUUUGUACGUUCUUUUCGAUUUUUAACUCAACUUGCUUUUACAACUCACGAUUUCGUCAAUUUCAUCAUUCUGGGGGGUGAACCUAUCAUUGUGAAACGCACUGUAUAUUUUUGUGAGAAAGUGCAUUGAAAAAUAGUAAGUCAAAGUUCGCCAAAAAGUGACAAAAAUUUGAUGAAUCGACGAAACAUUUUGGAGUUUGUGACGGAGGAAGUGCCACGUCAUAGCUUCUGGGUGAAAAUGAGUUUUAAUACAUAAAACAACACAUUUAUUUUCCGAACAAAAAAAGCAAUUUACAUUUUCUCUCAAAUAGUAGCAUUCUGCGCUUUUUUAUUCACAACAAUUGGUUGAAUUUGUCCAAAAUCCAUGUCCAAACUUCCAAUUCUUGCCUCAUUCCGUCGCAUGUGAAAAUAUUGCAUACAGGGAAAUAAGCAGAUCAGCAAGCAGAAUACAAAAUAUGCGCAGAAAAGGGCGAUCAAUAACUCCAUAAAGUCUUCCAUCACAAGUAAUGUUUGUGAGUAAAAUAAUCGAGUUGGCCGAAAUUUUUAGUUGAUGACUAUUUUUGUUAAUCAUCGAGGGUCUCUCGGGAAUUUUGGAUUUUUAGUGAGACAUUUUGAGAAUAUUCUAAUUUUCAUUGGGAAGUUUUAUCUGGUGAUCUACAAAAAAAUCCGAUUUUUUUGACACCGCGCACCGGAAACACGCAAGCAUCUAUACUGACGCAUUUCUAGUAGCUACGAGUUUCGCGUCAACGAUCAACACAAUCAAUUUGUUACCCUGAAUUUCUGAGAUGCACCGAAAAUGUGCCAGCAAGGUUAUGCUGACGCAUUUCUGGUGCCUCAUCAAAAAUAUCAAUGUUUGAUCUCAAAAUUCUCACAGCCACAUGAAAAUUAUGAAUUUUAACAUUUCCAGGUCCAAUUCCUUAUGGCGGAGGCGGUGGUUUUGGAGGAGGUGGAUUCUCCCAAGGCUCCUCAUUCGGACAAUCACAAUCGUUCUCCAGUCAACAAAGUGCCAGUCAAAGUGGAUUCAAUAAUCAAUUUGCAGGCGGACAAGUUGGUGGAUGGUGA